GCGACGUCAUAUCACAGGUUUCAUCAGGAAGCGGAACCAUAAAAGUUGUUUCACCCUCGCCUUUGUUGUGUUAAAACACCCGUUUUCUGAUCUGUGCUCGGCAUUUAAGGAGGACCACCACAACGACAUAGACUAAAUCCACUAUGAAUCUUGAACGAAUUCCCAAUGAAGAGAAACUAAGCCUUUGCAGAAGAUACUAUCUAGGUGGUUUUGCAUUCCUUCCUUUCCUCUGGCUGGUCAAUGUGGUGUGGUUUUUCAAAGAGGCUUUUUUAAAACCUGUCUACACCGAACAACCACAGAUCAAAUCCUAUUUGAAGAAGUCAGCGCUGGGGCUUUUAGUGUGGGUGGCGGUGUUGACAACGUGGAUCACAAUAUUCCAACAUUUCAGAGCUCGGUGGGGGGAGGUUGGAGAUUACCUCUCCUUUACCAUUCCACUCGGCACAGCCUGAUAUGACGGCUUUGCUUCACCAUACCUCUUUUUAAUACUUUAAAAAUUUCUCCUCCCAUUGACAAGAUGCACCCUGGCUAAUUUUACCACUGUCGUCACAUGCAAGAUAUACUGGAUCUGUCUGGGAUUUGUGGUAUUUUGUGAACUGAUGAAAUCAUUUGUUGGUUGGGUGAGAUAAUAUGGACACAAACGCAUAAUGCUAAAGCGCAAGAAUUUUUUUCCUGCACUGCUGCUUAAUACUCGAUCCAUCUGUUGUCUGGUUUUAACUGGUAUGUUUAUCACAUUAUAUUUGAGUAACACAGUAAGUUCUUUAAGACUUCUGUGAAUGCAUUGAAGAUGUAUAUUAACACUUUCAGACCAGGCAGGUCUGUACAAAAUAAAGUCUCGAAACUGUAUUGUA